ACCCCCCUGUCUGUGUUGUUUUCCUCAGAGUUGGCCCAUGCGAGCAGCGUGUGGACUGAGUGCAGCUGUUUCGUUCAGAGCAGAGCCCAACAUGUGAGAAGAUGUCUGUUGGAGGUUGCGCUUGUCCCGGCUGUUCGUCAAAGUCAUUCAAGCUGUACUCUCCUAAGGAGCCCCCCAACGGCGGCAGCUUUCCCCCCUUCCACCCAGGCGCUAUGCUGGACAGAGAUGUGGGGCCUACACCCAUGUACCCCCCCUCAUACAUGGAGCCUGGAAUGGGGAGACCCACACCGUACGGGAACCAGACAGACUACAGGAUAUAUGAGCUGAACAAACGGCUACAGAAUUGGACAGAGGACUGUGACAAUCUCUGGUGGGAUGCCUUCACCACAGAAUUUUUUGAGGAUGACGCCAUGCUCACCAUCACUUUCUGUCUGGAAGAUGGACCCAAACGAUACACCAUCGGCAGGACGCUGAUUCCACGCUACUUUCGAAGUAUUUUCGAAGGGGGUGCAACUGAGCUGUUCUAUGUUUUGAAGCACCCAAAGGAGUCCUUCCACAGUAACUUUGUGUCGCUCGACUGUGACCAGUGCACCAUGGUGACACAGAACGGCAAACCUAUGUUCACACAGGUUUGUGUGGAGGGCCGUCUGUACCUAGAGUUCAUGUUUGAUGACAUGAUGAGGAUCAAGACGUGGCAUUUCAGCAUCAGACAACACAGAGAGGUCCUACCCAGGAGCAUUUUGGCUAUGCAUGAUCCCCAGAUGCUCGAUCAGCUGGCUAAAAAUAUCACCAGAUGUGGGCUGUCCAACUCCACGCUCAACUACCUCCGUCUAUGUGUGAUAUUGGAGCCCAUGCAAGAGUUGAUGUCCAGGCACAAGACCUACAGCUUGAGCCCCAGAGACUGCCUGAAGACCUGCCUCUUCCAAAAGUGGCAAAGAAUGGUAGCCCCUCCAGCUGAGCCAGCCAGACAAGCUCCAAACAAGCGGCGGAAAAGGAAGGUGUCCGGUGGAAGCACCGUGAGCUCCGGCGGAGGCAGCAACAACAACAGCAACAGCAAAAAGAAGAGUCCAGCCAACAGCUUUUCACUCUCCAGCCAGGUACCUGACCUGGUUGGAACAAAAACCUGUACAGUGCCGGAGCUUGAGGACCGGAGUUGAGAACCACUACGCUAAAUCUUACCCACAAACACACACUCACACUCACUUACUCACUCACACAUACACACAUACACACACACACACACACCCACCCACACCCACACACCCAUACCAGUGCACACACUAACACACACACUCACCUACACCUACACCAUAAAACAUUGAGGUACUGGAGAGAGGUGGUACGUCUGGACCAGAGCACCAGACGCUACAGAAGUGUGUUUUCAUUUUCUAUGUUUUAGACUUGUUUUGAGUUUUUUUUUAUUUUUGUAAACAAUUUCUAAAAAAUAAAACAGACAAGCAAGCAAACAAAAACACCCCAGAAUAUUCUUUGCACUGUUUUCCACUAUUAACUCCAAUCUAUUUUUCUUAUGAAUUGACGGUGUAUUUUUUCUUUUCUAUUAUUGCUAAUGUAAGAACUGUAAAACAAAUGAAACCUGCAGUAUAUUAAUGUAUAAGUAUUGCUGUUAGAUCAUUCUUAUUGUGAUGGUAAUAACUUUCAUGUAAGUCUAUGCUUGAUAUAAUGUCAUCCAUCUGUGUCAGACAUCACACUGUCAUCUGGUCCAUUGGCUUCAGUGCUAGAAAACAGGCUGUGGAGAACAAGGCUAGUGUUAUAAUAACUGUACUGGAAACCAGUUUACCCACUAAAUUUCCAUCAAACGCCUGGUUUGGAUCUGUUGUCUUGUCAUUGCAGAACUGUUUGCUUUGUCUCGAAAUCUCAAUCUGGGGGUCCUCUCUUCAGAGAACAUAAUAACAGAAAACUCAAAUUUGCUACUCAAAAUAUUUUAAAAACAAGUUUUGACAGGAUUGUAAAAUAAGAAAAAGAAGACUUUUGUAUUAACUUAAGUUUCCCAGAAAUGUUUUUAAUCACAAUUAAGAAAGCUGCAGACCAAGGAGCUACAUGUAAAGAUUCUUUAGAUAUUGAUUACACUGCGCUGUUUUAUGUUUUAUGAAGAAUCAUUUUGUUGGCUUUACUCCUCAUGUUUGUGUCUGUGCUUGUAUAUUUUUAGCUAGUAAUUUCUGUAAAAGUUAUUCUAUGUAUUCCCCCCUAGAACUAUGAGAAACUCAAUCUAAUGUAAAGAGAUGAAAAGCCUCUUAAAAGUUUUUUUUAAACGUGAUUUUUAAUGGUACAAUCACUGAUAAAAGAAUUUUGCCCUCAUUUUAGCAAACUGUAUUUAUUUUUCUAUGUACUGACAUUCUGUUUAGGUCCAACCCACCUGUACAUUACUCAUGAUAAUAUAUGGAGGAGUUUGUGGGGCUGCUGAGCCAGUUAAUGCUAAUAGAGGUCAUUCCAUUACUUUUGUUCUUUGACUUGCGGCUCCCAGGUCAUCCCGACCUGUUUAUUACAAUGGUUCAGUAUGUUCACAGUAAAGAGAUAUUUAAUAGCCAUUUUCUGCCGUUGUAGGUUUCUGGUCUAUCUGAAAACAUGUCAGAUGCACUGCAAACCAAUAAAUAACCACAUUUAGAGAAAACGUUAACUUCUAAGUUGUCCUUUUUAUUUAUUUAUUUAUUUUUUUCUGUGGAGUUGCUCAAUUUUAUGGUGAGUCAUCUUAUCAUGUGGAGCCUGGAGGUUUUCAGAUGCUGGAAAUUUGCCAUAGUGGCGCAAGCUUUACUGAUUUAAUAAAAAAAACAAAAAACAUUUAAUAAAAUUUACCUAAAUCUUAAAUCAUAUGAUUUUUAUGGUUUUGUUUUAUAAAGUAUUUGAUGGACGUUUUUCAGAUACAUUUAAAGUCUGUAACUGAGAAGUGAAAAGUGCAAAACGCAAACUCGAUUAUUCCAUUAAUGGCCAAAUAUUCUGCUUGUUGACAUUGUUAUUCUGGAUAAAAGACCCACAGGAAUUGACCUUAGGCUGCUGUGUUACGGUUUUUUGUUUGCGUGUGUAGAAUAAAAUGGAAAAUGUUGCCUAACUCUUUGGCUUCAACAUCAGCCAGAUCCCAACUGACAGCAUUUGGACAGUAAUUUGCAGACUCUCCCAGCAGGGGUCUCUCAGAGCUCCAUUACAGACUGAGCAGCCUGUCAGAAAUUCCUCCAUCAUCAUACCAGGCAGAAAUACUAUCUAUAAAUUGCUACUGACAUGUGAGCUGUUGUGUUCAAAAUCCUUAUUCAUUGUCCCUAGCACCCCCAGUUUACUUUUGUGGUGUAUCAGUUCAGCAGGCUGACACAGAAUUUAAUCGAGGGGCAAUUUAUUGACACAGUGUUUUUUGAGUUCACGAAAUUUAGGGAACAUAAGGGUUUCUGAAAAACAAAAUGGCAAUGUACCCAUAGCUGGCUCUUGUAGCACCUCAUCACAGGGGUGAUUUUAUAUCUAUAUUUUUUGCCAGGUUUCUGUCAU